GACUAAUAUCAGAUUCAGUACAGUGACAAUUGACCAGUCAGUACACUCGUCCUCAGUUACCAGUAACAGCAACACAAAAACUAGUGAUGUGUCUUUUUACAUCGAUUAAUUUUUAUCGUGCCUUCAUCAGUUAUUUUUUUUUUGUUUACCUCAGUUACAAUAUAGCUCCAGUCCACUCGGCGUAUCAAGAGCUCUGGAAUGCAACAUGGGUCGAUAAGUUAAAGCGAGAUUUGUUUUCUAAGUAUGAUAAAUUUGCUAGACCAGCUCAGCAUUACAAUGUCACUCGUGUUUCUUUUGGUAUGACCAUUAAUCAUAUCUCAGUGGAAGAGUUUAAGUCGGCCAUUAGUGUACAAGGAUGGAUUCGAAUGGUUUGGACGGAUGAUAAACUAAAAUGGAAUGCAUCAAAUUAUGGCGGGUUACAAAAACUUCAAGUAGGUAAUCACGAAGUAUGGCAACCAGAUAUAAUUCUUUAUAACAGCAUAGCUGUAUCGUCAAUUGAACAUUACGGAGACACGCUUUGCCAUUUAUUCGAAGACGGAACUGUCUUCUGGGUACCACCGACUCAUUUCCUAGCUCUCUGCGACUUAGACCUUCGACUCUGGCCCUUUGACACCCAAACUUGUCAGCUGAAACUCGGAUCGUGGUCAUACUCAGGCAAUCAAAUCGACUUGAGACUCACUAAUCAUUCCCUCGAGGAUACUGUUAAUCUAUCAGACAAUACGGAGUGGCGGUUAGUUGAAGUAACGAGGCUCCGUAAUAUCACCACUUAUGAAUGCUGCAAAGAUGAGCCGUAUAUUUAUCUAUUAUUUACGCUGACUAUUAAAAGAAAUGCUCCGAUUUAUAGUUCAGUAUUUCUUGCGCCCGCAGCCGCCAUAGUCAUUAUGUGUCUGGUUAAUUUUUGGUUACCAGCACAAAGUAAAGAAAAAUUAUUACUGUGCGGUAUAAAUGUUAUUGUGAUAUCAUUAUUUUUAAUUUAUUUUGGAUAUAGAAUACCAGCCCAUUCAACAAAUUCACCAUUACUCGUAAGCUUCUACAGUGGCUGUCUAUAUCAAGUGACAAUAUCUCUAGUUAUUUCAGCCAUAGUAAUAAACUUAUCGCGGAGGCCAUACUGCCGACCACUCCCACGACAUCUAAAAAAAAUAAUAGUCGGCUGGCCUGGAAGAUAUUUAGGUCUUUCGGAUCUCAUCCAAGCGAUUCAAUCGGAGUACACUGCUGGCGAGCAAGAACUAAGAGAAAGUCAAGGCGUUGAUUCGUCAUCAGUCUACGCGUCAAAUUUGAUAUCCACGUGCACAGAAAACGGUGAUCGUGAGAACAUAAUAUCAUCCCCAGUUAAUGUCACUCAAUUGGAGUGGGUCCUAGCAGCGACGGCUAUUGAUCGCUUAUCAUUUUUAUUCUUCUCAAAUAUUUUCAUUAUUAUGGCAAUCACGUGUCUCUCAUAAAGGUCACUAAUUUUUUAUUUUUAUUUUUUUUAUCUUAUUGUUUUUUUGUAUCUUCAUCGUUAAUAAUUGAUAGUCUAUUAAAUUUAAUCGGUAUUCAAAUAUUUUAUUACCUUACAACAAAAAUAUAUUUAGAUA